AUGUCAGAAAACACACAAGCCAUGUCGAAAACGACGAAAGACCUUCUGGCGAAAGUCAAAAAGAUUGUGCCACCAAUGCUGAGUAAAUUUCACAAAGGACAAAUGGGUAGAAUAGCUGUUAUUGGGGGCAGUGAAGACUACACUGGCGCGCCAUAUUUCUCCGCAAUGGCCAGUGCAAGACUUGGGGCAGACAUGAGUCAUGUCAUCUGCGAACCUGGCGCAGCACAAGUCAUCAAGACGUACUCUCCGAAUCUUAUGGUUCACCCGCUGAUGCGACAAUCUUCGCAUGCGAAGAUGACGGAAUCGGCGAGCUCGAUCGCGCAGAGCGUUAUUGAUAUGCUACCGCGAUUACAUGUGAUCGUUGUGGGACCGGGAUUGGGACGAGAUAAACUGAUGCAGGAAACGUGUGCGAAGGUUUUGGAGGCGGCCAGGGAGAAGAAUAUGCCGUUUGUGCUGGAUGCGGAUGGAUUGCAGCUGGUGCAGACGAAACCGGAAUUGGUGCAGGGGUAUAAGGAGUGUAUAUUGACGCCGAAUGUGGUGGAGUUUGGGAGACUGUGUAAGAGUAAGGGGAUUGAUGUUGAAGGGUUGGAUGGGGCGGAGGGAGCGGAAAAGCUGGCGAGGGCGUUUGGAGGGGUUACGGUUAUACAGAAGGGGUCGCAGGAUUAUAUUUCUAAUGGGGAGAAGACGUAUGUGAGUGAUAUUGAAGGAGGGCUGAAGAGAAGUGGUGGACAAGGUGAUACGUUGACGGGUAGCCUGGCAACGUUCUUGGGGUGGCGAAAGGCGUAUUUGGAUAGAUUAUGGGAGCAUGAGGCAGAUAUUGAUGAUAUUGAAUCAUUAGCAUUGGCGGCUUUUGGAGGCAGUAGUAUCACAAGAGAAUGCUCGAGGCUGGCCUUUGCCAAAAAGGGUAGAAGUCUACAAGCCAGUGACCUUACUGAAGAAGUAUACGCGGCAUUUAUAAAUCUUCUCGAUUCCGAUGACUCAGCUGCCAAGUUAUAG